AUGAGAGAAUUUUCUCUUCCAAGAAAGACUAACAAACAGACACAAUUUUGUUCACUGUCCUUUGCAGAAGCCCAACUUUCAGAAAAAUCAGAAGCUUCAGACACUCAGAUUGCUGAUAUUGAUUUCAAUCACAAGGAUCCUAAAAUGUGCAGCUUGUAUGCCCCUGACAUUUAUAAUAAUUUACGAAUUACAGAGCAUCUCAAUUCCAAAUUUAAGUUUGCUUCCACACUCAUAAAUCUUGAAUUCCUUUUGAUAUAUGUGGAACUCCUUGUGUUUCAGCUGGAUCGAAGACCUUCAGUCAAUUACAUGGAAAGGUUGCAAAAGGAUAUUACUCCAAACAUGCGGGGAAUUCUAAUUGAUUGGCUUGUGGAGGUUUCUGAAGAGUAUAGGCUGGUCCCAGACACGUUGUUCCUCACAGUCAAUCUCAUUGACCGAUUUCUCUCACAAAAUCAAAUGGAGAAGCAAAGACUCCAACUGCUUGGUGUUACUUGCAUGUUAAUUGCCUCAAAAUAUGAAGAAAUAUGUGCACCACGCAUAGAGGAGUUCUGCUUUAUCACUGACAACACUUAUACAAGAGAAGAGGUCUUGAAAAUGGAGUGUCAAGUUCUGAACUUUCUGGGUUUUCAAUUAUCUGUUCCGACCACCAAAAAAUUUGUUAGGAGAUUCAUUCAAGCUGCACAAGUUUCCAGCAAGGCUCCUUCCCUUGAACUGGAAUUCUUGGCAAAUUAUCUCGCAGAAUUAACUCUAGUUGAGUAUAGCUUCCUUAAGUUCCUUCCAUCCCUUAUAGCUGCAUCUGCUGUAUUCCUAGCCAGAUGGACGCUCAAUCAAUCUGAUCAUCCUUGGAAUCCAACCCUAGAGCACUAUACCAGUUAUGUGACGUCAGAUUUGAAAUGCACAGUCCUUCUGUUGCAAGAGUUGCAACUCAACACCAAAGGUUGCUCCGUCAAUGUUAUACGCGAGAAGUACAAGCAACGGAAGUUCAAGUGUGUAGCUGCUUUAUCUUCUCCAAAACUUGCUGAAUCAGUAUUCAAAAAGUUGGAGAACAACUGA